UAGCUUGAUGAAGCGUGUGGUUCGAGUCGCGCUGAAGUGACGCCGCUGGGUGUAAAAAGACAGGGCAGCGGAAUAUGGCGGCGCUGCUGAGAGGUCUGCGAGCUGGAAGGACACUGCGGGGGCUGGGCAGCGUGGUGGCUGCACCAACAGCAACAAAGCCCCAGUGCAGCAGCCUGAGACGAGGCUUCCACCGUGCAGCGCAGAGGCUUCAGGAUGAAUCCAAAUCUGACAAACCCCCCUCUUCCUCCUCAUCCUCAUCCACAACCUACCAUGAGCACUACCAGGCUCACUCUGCCCAUCAGGACACAGCAACAGCUUCCCAGGAAGACUCAGCGUCUGAUCCAGCAUCUGAGGAGGCUUCCGGGCCAAACACCAGUUACCAGGACCAGGGGGGAGAGCAGGGCGAGGAGUACGAAACAGAGGAGCAGCUUCAAGCUCGAAUCCUGACCUCUGCUCUGGAGUUCGUCCCACAGCAUGGCUGGUCACUGGAAGCCAUUGCGGCCGGUGCUGAGACACUGGGCCUGUCCUCUGCUUCCACUGGUAUGUUCAGCAAUGGAGCGGGAGACUUGGUCCUACAUUUCAUCGCCCACUGCAACUCGCAGCUGACAGAGAUCCUGGCUGAACAACACAAGCAGGUCCAGCUGGGCCAGGCCGAACCAAAGAAGACUGCUGACUUUCUAAGAGAUGCUGUUGAGACCAGACUGAGGAUGCACAUCCCCUACAUUGAAUCAUGGCCACAGGCGAUGAGCAUCCUGCUCCUUCCUCACAACAUCCCAGACAGCCUGAAGCACCUGUCCACCCUAGUGGACGACAUGUGGUACUACGCCGGAGACCGAUCCACAGACAUGAACUGGUACACCAAACGGGCAGCGCUGACAGGUAUUUAUAACACAACAGAGCUGGUGAUGGUUCAGGAUUCCUCUCCAGACUUCCAGGAAACCUGGAACUUCCUUGAUAACCGCAUUCAGGAUGUAGUCAACAUGGCCACCACAGCUAAACAGGUGCAGUCGACUGGUGAAGCAGUGGUGCAGGGGCUCAUGGGAGCUGCUGUUACACUGAAGAACCUCACAGGAAUAAACCAGAGCCGAUGAUGUAAAACAUCUCUCACUCACACUGAUCCUGACCGUCUGGCUUGUGUCAUGAGCUUAAGAUCAAUUUUCUUUUUGCUCCUAUUUCUGAUUAACUGUAUGAGUCUGAAAGUGUUGGAUUAUUGCUUAUAUUCAGCGAGAGAAAGCUAUUAUGUGUCCUCUGUGUGUUCACCUGCAGGACCAGUGGCGUUGUCUUGUUUUGUUUCACAGUGCAAGAUUUCACUCUCCAGCUCAGAUCAUUUUUUUCCUUUUUGUAAAAGAGGACACAGAGAUCUGUAAUGUUGUUGUUGGACUUCAAUAAAGUAGUUAUUAUUGUAUAUUUAA